AUGGAGACUGCCACCACCGCGGACUCAGAAGCCGUGAACAGUGUGUGGGAGGCUUGCACUGACAUGAAGUGCUUCAGUCUCUGGUUUGCGGAGAAGUUCCUCAAGGGGAAUGUCUCCGGGGACGCAUGCACCUACCUCUUUAAGCACUACCAGCAGUGUGUUCAGAAAGCAAUAAAGGAGAAGGAACUUCCUAUUGAAGGACUGGAGUUCAUGGGCCGUGACAAAGAAAAGCCUGAAAGCUCUUCUUGA